GACUGUUCUGUGUGUCUAAUGAAGGGUCAAACCCAAGUGCUCAGGCCAAAUGCCAUUACUUCCCUCCGGGAAGGGGAGAAGGAGAUAAGGGGAGACCAGGACGCUAUGCGAUCCCUCAGGCCUGGGAACACAGGAAGACUUCCCGGAUAUAAAAGCGGGAGGCAUGAAAGCGCGGAAUUCACAGAUGCGGGAAAUUCACCUCACAGCGCUACGACGGCGGCGGGAGAGGACCAGAGAGUGUGUGUCUCGCCCCGAGCCAGCGGUGCUUCCCUGGACAUGGCAUCUCACACACUCUGAGCCUCAGUUUCCCCUUUGUAAAGCAGGCAUCCCCAUCCCCUCCUCACGCAAGGCUGUGAGGGUUGAUGAGAUGCUGCACGUGAAAAACGGUGCCAGAGCCGCAUGCAGCAGGAGCUCAGCAAGUGUCGGCUGGCGACCUUGUUUUCAUCGUCAUCACUGUCCAGUGAGCUGCGUUCUAACUCUGUCACAUCCUCGCUGAGUCGUUGGGCACUUGUCCCCACGGGGCCUGGAACCGAGGGGCACGCCAGCUGCAGCGAAGUCCAGUGCAAUGUGACUCUUCUGACACUUCGGAAGCACAGCCCUCCCGCUGGAGAAAAGACUCAGACCAGGAGCGGGAAGGGGCCGCGAGAUGAGACCGAGGUCCCUCCCUGGGCUCCAGCUGGCUGCCUCUUCCAACGUUCCCAGCACGGUCUUCCAAGUCACCUGGGAGCGUGGGUCCCCGACCUCGGCCCCGCUCAUGAAACCGUAAAGUCUUGAGUAACAUCCCAUCUCAAGUUUUUCUCUGUUUAACUUGUCAACCAAAUUGCUUAACUGUCCCACCUGCUAAUAUGAUCAGCAAUUAUUUACUUUGGAGAGCCCUGAAAGACACCACCAGAUUGCAGACUUCUGAAUUAUCUAGAAACCCAUCAUCCAAUCGUAUGUUUCCUGAUUCCCACGCUAUAAAAGAGGCUGCCUCCCCGGCAGAAGUGAGUAGGAGAGAGAGGAGACCGGGACAGCCGCGGAGACCUCUGGGAAGCCCAGAUACCAAGAGAGAAGAUGUUUUCUAUCGGGGGCCUCCUCGUCUUCUGUGGGCUGUUGGCCCAGGCCACGGCCCAGCUCGGAGCCCUGCCCUUGCCGGUGGGCCAGGCCCUGCCCUUGGCUGUGACUCCAGCCCUGCCCUCGGGUCCCACAGAUCUUGCUAAAGGCUUAACAAGCGGCCUCAGCAAUGGCCUGCUCUCUGGGGGUCUGUUGGGCAUUCUGGAAAACCUUCCGCUCUUGGACAUCCUGAAGCCUGGAGGAGGCACUUCCGGUGGCCUGCUUGGGGGCCUGGUUGGUGGCCUGCUUGAAAAAGUGACUUCGGUGAUCCCUGGCCUGGACAACAUCAUUGAUCUGAAGGUCACUGACCCCCAGCUGCUGGAGCUCGGCCUUGUGCAGAGCCCCGAUGGCCACCGUCUCUAUGUCACCAUUCCUCUCGGCCUGAAACUCGGUGUGAAAACGCCCCUGGUCGGAAGUCUGCUGGAGCUGGCCGUGAAGCUCAACAUCACUGCAGAGCUCUUGGCCGUGAAAGACAAGCAGGACAGGAUCCACCUGGUCCUUGGUGACUGCACCCACUCCCCGGGCAGCCUGCACAUCUCCCUGCUUGAUGGACUUGGCUCCCUCCCCAUUCAAAGCCUCCUCGACAGCCUCACAGGGGUCUUGAACAAAGUCCUUCCGGAGCUGGUGCAGGGCAAGGUGUGCCCUCUGGUCAACGGGGUGCUCAGCCAGCUGGACGUCACCCUGGUGCAUGACAUCGUCAACAAGCUGAUCCAUGGGCUAGAAUUUGUCAUCAAGGUGUAAGCCUUCCAGGAAGGGACCUGGCCUCUGCCGAGCCGCAGCACCGUCCCCGCCGCUCUUGCAUCCCUCCUGCCCGGCUUCCCCGGCUCGCACGAGGCCAGCCCGCACGCCGGAAGACGACAUGGCUGCCUCCUCCCCCAGGAACCCGCUCCCCGUCCCUGCCCACCGGGCACCUGUAACAUCCC